AGCAAACCCCCUCUUGUCCUACAUUUCCCUUUUAACACGAUGGGCAAGAGUCUAGCCGAAAAAGAAGAACAAGAGGCUAGGGAGUCUAUGCUUCGAUUAGCAAUAGAAAAGGAUGAUGUUGCUAAGCUACAUAAGUUACUUGUGGAGGAGCGAGCGCUCUUAGAUCAUGUAUCUAAGCAUCCCUUCCCAGAUACUCCUCUACAUUUUGCCGCCGAAGCCGGCAAAACCCAAGUGGCCAUGGAGAUAGCCAUCUUGAGGCCAUCGUUUGCUCGGGAGCUAAAUCCGGAAGGGUAUAGCCCCAUGCACUUGGCUUUGCAACGAGAGCAAUAUCACACCGUAAGGGCACUGAUGACCCUUGAUCCAGAGUUGGUCCGAGUUCGAGGACAAUGCGGGUUCACCCCUUUGCAUUACGUCGCCCGGAAGGAAGGAGACAAUGAGCUGGAGCUCCUAGCUGAAUUCCUAUGUGCUUGCAAAUCAUCCAUCGAAGACUUGACAAGCAAAUGCGAGACUGCGGUUCAUGUUGCCGUCAAUAGCCACAACCUCAAAGCAUUCAAGGUUUUGUUUAGAUGGCUUAAGCGAGUCCAUCUAACAGAAAUCUUGGAUUGGAAAGACCAAGAUGGUAACACCGUCUAUAAUAUUGCUUCAACCAAAGAGCCGCAACCUGAGAUCGUUGACCUGUUGAUUGGGAAUUUCAAAGUACCUCUGAAAAUCUACCAGUUGAUUGAAAAAAAGUUAUUCCGGGGAGCACCUGCGUCAAGACCUCCUACUGGCAACUUCCCUCUAUCACAGUUUUUAAGCAUGGAACCAACCGUCUUUGAGAAGUUCAAAAUUUGGUUUGUCCUCCGAGAUGAGUCUGCUCGGAACAUAAUCCUUGUACUAGCUACCUUAAUUAUGACUAUCACUUACCAGGCCGCGCUGAGUCCUCCUGGAGGAUACUGGCAGGAUAACUCUUCCAAUUCCACUGUCGUUACCAAUUCCAGCGGCAUUGCUGUUGAAAAACCACAUAAAGCCGGAGACAUUAUCCUGAACGGUUCGAAACUAUAUGAGUUCACGGCCCUCAACAGUACGGCGUUUUUGGUCUCCAUCAUCACAAUCUGGAUCACCGCUAUUCCCCUAUUGCCCCACACUCUCCCGGUUUACUUGCUAAUGCUGAUUCUCAGUGAUGUCUACUGUGCUACCGCUACAAUCGCAUUCCCGAAAUCCGAUGUAGUCGCAGGACGUCUCAUAAUGACAUUGUACAUGAGCAUGCUGGGUGUCGUGUUGGUGGUCCCCGUGAUCUUGUGGUUGAACUUUUACAAAUACAAAAUCCGACUCCAAAGCGAUGCCACAGGGAGACGCGUCGGCGACUUGCUAGAAUUGAAGGAUCGGAAAUAGUUUUUUUUUUUUUUUGAUAUCCAGGAACUCCGUCAGCCGGUAGCCGUUGGGUAAACUUUGGAGUGACGCUAGCGGAGGACCCACCAUCCCGGCGUCACUUUUAAGACGCCGAUGCUUCCACUGGGGUUCGACCUUCUCACCUUCCCCCAAGGGAGUUCUUAUCCAGCAGAGAAAUAGUUUGCAAGUAUUAUAUACUCUUUAAGUAUUCUUCUCGCGUAUGCAUAUCAUGUAUGUCUCUAGUCUUGAGGUUUGCAAGAACAAGACUCUCCUUAUUAGUUGCAUGUAAUAAAUUCAUCUAUUAAU